UGUGACGCUUCCUGUAUGCUUUAGUUUCACGCAUUACUGUUGCGCUUCUUAACAACAUUUAACAGCAGCAAAAUCUCAGCGGAAUCAACGCCCGGUUACGGCAUGGCAGACGGGGAGAGAUCGCCUCUGCUGACGCACAGUCGCGACGAAAUGAAAGGUUUUCCAACAGUCACUUCAUCACCGCCACAUUCCUCUUCGAUGCUGGGAGAGGCUCCUCCACCAUACUCCUCACUGGGCUCCCCUGAGAGUGACAGUGCUCCUAUCAUCAGCUGCAGAGUGUGUCAGUCACUUAUCAGUGUGGAGGGGAAAAUCCACCAGCAUGUGGUCAAAUGUGGGGUCUGCAAUGAGGCUACACCUAUAAAGAAUGCUCCUGCAGGAAAGAAAUAUGUGCGCUGUCCCUGUAACUGUCUUCUCAUCUGCAAAGUCACCUCGCAGAGGAUUGCCUGCCCUCGACCAUACUGUAAGCGCAUUAUCAAUUUAGGUCCAGUUCAUCCUGGUGCAGGGAGUCCAAACCCUCAGCCUAGUGGUGCCAGUGUCUCAUGUGGCCACUGUGGAAACACUUUUCUGUGGACAGAGUUUACAGAUCGGACAUUGGCACGCUGUCCACACUGCAGAAAAGUCUCAUCAAUUGGCCAGAGGUACCCUAGAAAGCGGAGUUUAAUAUGUUUCCUGUUGUGUAUGAUCUUCACCAUAGCGACUGCAGGAUUGAUCGGGGGUACGUGGCGGAAGGCACAUGACAAUAAGGGGAUAUAUGCGUCCUGGGUAAUUUUCAUUCUCCUGGUGCUGAUCUGUUUGGUCAGAGCUCUUCACUGGAUCUGCAUGAAAAUCAGUGAGCCCCUGCACAAUUAUUCUUAAAGUAAGAGAUCCAAAGAGGAGGAGUUGGUAGAGAUGAAGGAGAAAACAGAGCCAAGCUGUUUGCUGACAGAUAUGGAACAGAGUAAUGUUCAAUGGGUGAAUCUUAUGAAACCGCUUAAGAACAUCACCAGGUCAUAUUUCACCCCAAAAUAAAAAGGCAAAUAAAUAAAUGAAGUUUUAGAAUAGAAGCUUAUUUUUUUAAUUUUGCAUUAUUUUUAUACAAUGAAUCACCCACACACAAUUUAUCCUCAGUACUGCAAUUAAAAAAUAUAAUAUUGUAAAUUUUAAAAUGCAUCACGGUAGUAUUUGUUGUACUGCUUUUGAUUAAUGUAGAUUUAAAAAAUAUAUAUUACAGUAAAUUUGGGAUUUGUGACUGAUUUUAAUAGCUAUUUUAUUAUUAUUAUUAUUAUUAUUAUUUAUUAAUAGCAAUACAUUUAGUAAUAAUAAUAAUAAUAAUAAUAAUAUGAAAUGUCUUUUUUUAUUUUUUUGAAAAUGUGACAUGGACAUGAAUUUGUGAGAUUCACCCAAAUAAUUUUGUUGUUCUUUUCUUUAUUCUUUGAGAGGCUCCACUCUACUCUACGUUUCUCUAAACUGAUUCCAAACCUUACAUGUCCACAUUCCUAAUAGGAAUCCACUUCCAAAACAGUGCACACAAUUUACAAAAGGCAUACAGCAACAAAUACUUCAAGACUUUCAGUUUAAAUGCACAUUCUGUUACAGGUUUUGACUGUACUGUGUACAAUACCAUGAAGGCAUUGCAGACAUAUACUGGAGCAUUAGAGUUGCACUGAGAAUUUUGUUAUGAAUAGAUUCCUGACAGAUUAUUGACAGAAGUGCCUCACAUGACUGCGUGUUCUGUCGUUUAUAGCCAGUAACACGUAACUUAUAAGCUUCCAGUUAUUUAUAUAUGGUGGUAUUGCAACUUGGCAUUUUUAGCUGACUGAACUAGGAUAUCUUGUUCGGGAGAAUUCAAAGAAAAAAGGAAGUGAAAACGCCACUCUGAAGCAUUUGGAAGGUUUAAAAAAGGAGGAAAAAAGGAAAAUAAGCAGUUAUUUUUUUAACUUAAAUGUAGCUCACCCAAACAUGAAAAUUAUGUCAUUGUUUAAUCACCCUCGUGUUGUUCCCAACCCCUAGUUUUGUUUCUCUCUUCCAUAGAAUACCUUGAAUUUUUUCUGAUUGGUGUAGUAACUCUAUAUUUAAGGCCUGGAUCAAACUGAUAGAAUAUUUUGACAAAGUGACACUUAAUGCACUUUAUUGUCACAUUAUUGGAAUGUGCUGUAGAUAGCCAAUGAUAAAGUAAAUCAUUCUUUCAGUAUAGUGUACUUGCAUCUUAGCUUUUGAGGUUUAGUGAAUAUUAUUCAGUGGAUCUAUUGCAUCCUCUUUAACGUGCGUGGCGUUCCAAGACCAAACCCUUCCUCUUUCACCUCCGAAACAAUCAGCAAGUCUUUCUGUGUGUCUGCGCCCUCAAAAACAGCAUAGGCACCUAAAUACGCUUCACUUACUAACUUUAAAAGGUAAUCUAAGAAUAUCUGACUAUUUCCAUGAUAUUAACUAUAUUCUGUAGAUUAUUAUUAACCUUGUAGCGUUCGUUGAUGCGGUUUCAUAGACAGGCAUUGCUGCUUAUUAUUUGUACCGUCUGUGGUUGUGUAGUUUACAUUAAUUUGAAAAUCAAAAUUGUAUAGCUGCAUUAAAAUCUUCUCUUUUAUCUGUAGUUGAGACCUACAACUGCAACAUUUCCCAACAGAAUAGUAUAGGUAGAGAUUAAUAUGACAUUUAGAAUGUUUGACAAUAAAAACAUCUGCUUUGUAAAGAGGUAAUUUAUAUUUUCUUUGCUUUGCAGAAACUGGUCAUAAAAACAUUCAUAUACUACCAAAUAAUCAUAGGUAAAUGCCAUCAAAGAGAAUUGAUUAAUUUAUAAUUAUUUGAUAAGAUGUACUGUAAUUCUACUGGGUGACCAAUCUUUUAGGCUCAUUCCAACUGAGCUCGUUGAACUCUUUGUAUUCAAUAAAGAUAAACAGACAGUGAAUACUGUACCUAUUCUAUGAAAAUAUACUUCAGAGAUGACCAGUGUUUUGUUUUUAUUUUUUGUUUUUUUUAUUAUAUAUAGAGAUUAUGAAUUGUUUACAUGGUUGUGCAGCUGAACUGUGAAUUUACCUGUGUAAUUUACACUGUUCUUUUGUUAAAAUUGUAUGUAUUGUUGCACUACAUUUUAGCUACAUGGCUACCUGAUCCUAAUCAUUCCAUCGUUAAUUGUGUUGUUGAUUAUUUUUGUACAUUCCUUUGUUGACUAAAAUGUUUUAACAAACUCUUGAGA